AAAAUAAUUAGACCGAAAACUUUUUGUUGGUAUGCUUAGUAAGCAACAAAAUGAAGAGGAUGUGAGACAACUGUUCAACAGAUUUGGAACAAUUGAAGAGUGUACUAUUUUACGAGGACCUGACGGCGCAAGUAAAGGUUGUGCAUUUGUGAAAUUCAGCUCACACCCAGAAGCUCAAGCAGCUAUUACAAGUUUACACGGUAGUCAAACUAUGCCGGGAGCAUCUUCCAGCUUAGUUGUGAAAUUUGCCGAUACCGAAAAAGAAAGACAAAUAAGACGCAUGCAACAAAUGGCUGGCCACAUGAAUUUAUUAAGUCCCUUUGUAUUUAACCAAUUUGGACCAUAUAACGCUUACGCUCAAACGCAACAACAAGCUGCUCUUAUGGCAGCUGCAACGGCGCAAGGAACAUAUAUGAAUCCUAUGGCUGCUUUAGCUACCCAAAUACCUCACGCUUUAAGUGGACAACCUGUUAAUGCAUCUUUGCCAUCCCCAACAAUGCCAACAUUCAACAUGGCUGCCGCUCAACCAAAUGGUCAACCAGCAGGAGCAGAGGCUGUUUAUUCAAACGGAAUACCUCAUACGUAUCCUGGACAUGCACUACAAUUAUCGAUACCAGCACAAGGGCUGGCGAAUGGUGAUGCUGCAUUACCACACGCUGCUUAUCCCGGCAUUCAACCUUAUCCCGGUGUUGCCUAUCCUGCCGUCUAUGGACAAUUUCCACAAGCUAUUCCUCAGCAAAUUGCAGCUGUUCCAGCUCAACGAGAAGGAUGCUCCAUAUCUGGACCUGAAGGCUGUAACCUGUUUAUUUAUCAUUUGCCUCAAGAAUUUGGCGAUGGUGAAUUGAUGCAAAUGUUUAUGCCAUUUGGCACGGUUAUUAGUUCUAAAGUAUUUAUCGAUCGCGCUACAAAUCAAAGUAAAUGUUUUGGUUUUGUUUCCUUUGAUAAUCCUGCCAGUGCUCAAGCAGCUAUUCAAGCGAUGAAUGGUUUCCAAAUUGGAAUGAAAAGACUGAAGGUUCAGUUGAAAAGACCUAAAGAUGCCAACCGACCUUAUUAA